AUGGAAAUUCAAUCAGGAAAUGGAGAGGAGGUGGCGAGCGCGGUGUCUUCGACCUCGGGCUACGUUUCCCAUAGUCCCUCCGGGCCGCAGGUGGAGGCAUCAGACGAGCCAGUGCUCAGAGAGGACCUGCAGGCUGCAAAGAGGAUUGAGAGGUUUGACAUCCCACUUGAUAACCUGAAGAGGAUGUUUGAGCAGCCUGCUGUGGCAAACACAGAAGUCGCAACCGUCCACACCUCCACGUCCAAAAGAGUGAAGUCCGGCAGUUUCACCCAGGCUGACCCAUCAACACAUCACACCAUGGCCUCACCUCAGGACGCCACUCUUUGUAGACCCACGUCAGGAGCCGAGGACCAGGAGGACGAGCCAGUGUCGGUGAAAGAGCGGCUGGCGAUGUAUCAGGCUGCCGUGUCCAAGAAAGAAACAGGCAGUUCCUCCUCGACUGCGGUGAUGGAUGAGUCGGAGGCUUGCUCGCUGCCUGGCGGCCUGGCUAGUGUGAAGAGACAGUUUGAGAACCAGGAGUUCGCAGCUUCAUCAUCUCAGUCCAGCGUCACCCAGUUUCAUUUCGAGCAGAGAUCCGUCCAGGAGAUGUCAAGCUCCUCAGAGGUGACAGUGAGGAGCGGUGCCAGAGAGGUCGUCCCCGGCACCACCCUGUUUCGCAAUCAAGAGGUGAUCCAUGAUCAAAGAGCCCACCAGAACAAUGUCGCCGCCAGUUACGGGAACCAUUACAAUGAAACAGUUAUGCUCAUCGGAGGAGAGGACCUACCAAAGGUUUCCACUCAGGCUUUGAAGCAGCAGUAUGAGAAAACGAUUGAGGAAGCCGCACCCACCAAGGAAAUUAAGGUUGAAGUGGAUUUCAACCAGUUUCAAUGGGCACCAGUAAAUCAGCCCAAAGCUUCAACCAUGACAAGCUAUGACACCUCCUCCACUGUAAAGACGACUGCUUCAUCAGCAGCAUCUGCCUCUUCAGUGGCUUUUGAGAUGACAGACCAUUUUCCACCCCCGCCGUCAAACCUGUUACAGGAAAGCUCUGAGCACAUCUCAUCUCAGUCUCAGGAGCUGGUUUCCCAACAUAAGCACACUGCUUCUAAGGAGCAGUACUUUAAACAUAAGAGUACGGCUGAACUAAAGCGCCUCUACAAACACAUUCAUCCAGAGGUCCGCAAGAACCUUGAAGAGGACUUCUUGAGUCAGCUCACCGAAGCAGAAAAGAAGGAUUUAGAAAGUGAGGAAAUUAUUGGAGGCGUGGAGCAGGCGUGUUAUAUGUUUGAAAAUGAAGGCAACGGCUCCAGCGGAUGUUCGAGCCCCGACAGAGAGUCUGUGGAAUGGGAAGAGAUCCUUAGAGGCGAAGUGCAGAACAUGCGCUGGAUGUUCGAGAACAAGCCACUGGAUACGAUCAAAGACGACACCCCAGAUGAGAGUGAGGGGAGGAAUAUCGCCCAGCAGGAAAUCAUUGCUGGUAAAGAUGUCAGAUACACAGCUUGGAUGUUUGAGACUCAGCCCAUGGACGCUCUGGGGACAGAGGCGUCGGAUUCAGCUGAGCAGGCGCAAAAAUCAGCCGAUCUUGCGAGAGGAGACGUCCGCACUGCCACAUGGCUUUUUGAGACGCAGCCGCUCGAUUAUCUAAAUAAGAUCUACCAAGAAGACAAGCAGGAGACAGAUGUUUCCAUCACCAAAAGCAUCACCGGCGGAGAUGUGAAAACGGCGAGAUAUCUCUUUGAGACCCAGCAUCUGGAUUCUCUGGGUAAAACAGAAACCAUCGAAGAAAGCCACUUCCUGAACCUGAAGUCAGAGCUGGAGGAAAUCAAAGGGGAUGUGAAGACAACCACUCGCAUGUUUGAGACGCAGCCCAUGUGUGUCAUCAGGGGCGAUUCGGGAGAGAUGCUGGAGAUCACCACCAUCAGCAGGGAGGAGACCGAGAAAGGAGACGUUAAGACAUCACGCUGGAUGUUUGAAACCCAGCCGCUAGAUCUCAUCAACAAAGACCCUGCUAAGGUGAAGCUGAUCUGUGGUAUAUCCAUGGAGGACAACGUUCAAGGCGGCGUCAACAAAGGUAGAUGGCUGUUUGAGACGAAGACUCUAGACAGUAUCAAUGAUGAGGAAUGGGAGAGUUCAAGGAAGCAAAAGGAAGACAUAAUUGGUGCUGAUGUGAGGAAGCACUGUCUGGUUUUUGAGACCCAGGCUAUGGAUACUCUGAAAGACAACGCCAAUGCUAGACCUGUACCCCAAGAGGAGAUUGUGGGAGGUGAUGUUCAGUCAGCUAAACACCUAUUUGAAACAGUACCCAUGGAAAAUCUGAAAGAGCUGCUUGAAGUGGGGAAACUGAAGAAAAUGGUUGCAUCAGAAGAGGAAAAAGGUGAUGUGAGGCAUCAGAAGUGGGUGUUCGAGAGCCAGCCACUGGAGAAUAUAAGGGAGGAGAAGAAGGAGAUUACAAGAACUGUGAACGUUGAAGCUCUCGACAAAGGAGACGUGACAAACUAUAAAGAAAGGUUUGAAAGUAUGGAUUUAAGCAAGUGUGAAGGAACACAGAAAAUCCAAGUUGAAGGCGUCACAAGUGGAUCCGUCAAAUCCAACAGAGUUCUCUUUGAAUCGUCCCCAAUGUAUGCCAUGCAAGACAGCUCCGGCCAUUACCACGAGGUGAAGACUGUGAGGCGUGAGGAGAUUGUGAAGGGAGACGUGCGCAGCUGCAGAUGGAUGUUUGAAACGCGUCCCAUUGAUGAGUUUGACGAAAGCAUUGAUAAGUUCCAGAUCAUCAAAGGUAUAUCCAAACAGGAGGUGGAGUCAGGGGACGUCAAAACGGCCAAGUGGUUGUUUGAAACUCAGCCGCUUGAUGCCAUUAAAUGUUCAGGGGAUGAAGAACAUAUAUCUAAGGAGAGUAUUGAGAUUGAGAAAGGGGAUGUUAAGACAUGCAGGUGGCUUUUUGAGACUCAACCGAUGGAUGUCCUGUAUGAAAAGGAGGAGAAGAGCGAGUCUGACAUUAAAGAAGUGCAAAAAGGUGACGUCAAAACAUGCACUUGGCUCUUUGAGACCCAGACGCUUGACAACAUACGCGAUCACACAGAGUCUGAGACCAUUCUGAAAACCUGCACUGUGAAGCAAGAGGACGUCCAAGGAAAAGAUGUGCGUCUGGCCCGCUUCCUCUUUGAAACUGAGAACCUCGAAAAUAUCACAGGUGAAGACAGUGAAUCUUUCAGGAGGGUUACAGAAAUCGACGUACAGUCAGGAGAUGUUUCCAGGAUGAAGUACAUCUUUGAGAAUCGCUCCUCCGACAUCAUGAGCUCCACCUCUGAAGAAACAAUGAAGAGGUUGAAGACGCAGCAGGCCGAGGACAUCCAAAAGGGAAACGUUGUCAAUUGUACUUGGAUGUUUGAGCAUCAGCCAAUUGAUGCCAUCCGUGACGAUUCCACAGAGGUGAAGGAGAGUCGCACCGUGACUGAUGUUCAGGGGGGGGAUGUUGACAAAGGGCGCUUCAUUUUUGAGACAUUCUCUCUGGAUCAAAUUAAAGAGGACUCUGCUGAGACGGAUAUCUCUAAACUCACUAGUAUCUUUAGAGAUGAAGUAGAGCGGGGGGAUGUGAAAAAUUACACCAUGAUGUUUGAAACUCAGCCGCUGUAUGCCAUCCGUGACAAAGAGGGCCAUUAUCAUGAAGUAACUACAGUUACCAAGGAGGAAAUCAUUAGAGGAGACGUGGUGGGGGCUCGCUGGCAGUUUGAGACAAAGCCUCUGGAUUCAAUUAGAGAUUCAGAGGAGGUCUACGUUAUUAAAGCUGUGACUGAGGAAGGCAUCAACAAAGGAGAUGUUAGCUCCGCGAGGUGGAAGUUUGAAACGCAACCUUUGGAUGAAAUUACAGAGGAAAUAAAGGUCAGGUCGAAAACAGUCGCAGAUAUCCAAGGCGGCGACGUGAAGACAAAUAAGCAGCGAUUUGAGACUGAUGAAAUGUCUCAAAAGUACAUCAGAACCGUUAGCGUGAGCGAAAUCCAAAAAGGCGAUGUCAGAUCUGCCACGUGGAUGUUUGAAACGCGCACCAUUGAUGAGAUCCGCGGCGAAGGCGAAGAGUAUGAUGGCAUGGAGAGAGUGACAAAAGAGGAAGUAAUGAAAGGGGAUGUCAAACAGUCUGUGUGGCUCUUUGAGAAACAGCCCCUUGACAGCAUCAAAGAGACUGACGGCACAGAGCUUGUUGUCACAAAGGAGGAAAUCCCACAGGCCGAUGUGAAGACGACAACAUGGCUAUUUGAAACCACUCCGUUCCAUGAAUUUAACGAGAGCAGCACGGAAAAGACAGAAAUAAUAGGCAAAAGCAUCAAAGAGACACUUGAGGAACUUUACAGUCAGAAAAUAGUCGAUUCACAAGGUGUUCUUAUCGAGGCGGAUGAGAUUGGCGACGUCCGAAUGGCAAAGUAUAAACUCAUGAACCAGGAAGCACCACAAAUCCAAAAAGAAGAAAUCAUCCGAGGGGAUCUGAGCAACAUAAUGAUGAACCUCCUGAAUCGCAGGGAGACCACUGAAAGGGGGAUAACUAUUGACAUGGAGGAGCGGGGGAACAUCAACACCACAGUCAAGCAGCUUUUCAACCAAGAGAGGGGAAUCAACGUGGAGAAAGAGGAGAUUGUCCGCGGUGACAUCCAAGAGGCCGUAAACAAGCUGCUCAAGAGCGAAGGCUCCUCAAAGCGUGGCAUUCUGAUUCAGGAGGACGAGAAAGGAGACGUGAGAAUGACCAUCUACUCCCUCUUGAAUAAAGGGGAGAGAGCUAGCAUGGAGAAAGAAGAUAUCAUUCAAGGAAAUGUAAGCAAAACCCUUCAUCGUCUUCUUUCUAACUCAGGAGGGGAGGACUCCAAAAAGAUUCGGGUUGGAGACACAGAGAGGGGCAAUGUCAGCUUUUACUCCACAUGCAUUGAGUCGGGAGCUUUGGAUUACCUGAAGCAACUUCAGUACGAUUCAGAUGAAGUUCAGGAAAAGGUGGAAAAGGAGCACAUCAUAGGUGGUGACGUCCACGAAACCAAAAUGUUGCUGCGGAAGAAUCAGCAGCAGAUUGGUCGCACAGUGGCGAAGGACGAUAUAGUCCCUGGCGAUGUCCACAGCAAUGUUAAAGUUUUCAUGACGGAACCUGCUGUUACCUACAGAAACUUGGAGAAAAAGGACAUUGUUAAAGGUGACCUAAAUGCAGCCCUGGAUUCGUUGACACAAGCUAUUAAUCAGAAAGUGGUAAUAGAGAAAGAGGAGGUGGUGAAGGGUGACAUACCAACUACUCUGAGGUCUCUGGAGGAGGCACAGCGUCAAGCCAAAGAAAUGGAAAAGCCAGAAAUUGUCAGGGGAGACAUAAGAGGGGCUCUCGAGUCACUGGAGAAAUCUGCAACCAGCGUCACGGAAGCAACUAUUGAAGAUCUCGUGCCAGGUGACAUCAAAGGGACCCUGAAGUCCCUGGAGGAAGCGAAGCAAGCCGUGAAGGAGCUAGAAAAAGAGGAGAUUCUCAAAGGAGACAUCCACACCGCCAUGCAAAGUUUACACGAGGCAACAACUGAGAAAAAGAUUUACCAGCAUCAAGUGAGCGAACAAGGGGAUGUUAAAGGCACGAUUCAGCUGCUGCUUGAGCCAACGACGUCUCCCAGAAUGCAGCGCAGAGGGAGCAUCGAAGGAGAUGUGAAAACAUCCAUUAAAUGUCUUUAUGAAGGACAGGAGGCGACACAGGUGGAAAAAGAGGAGGUAGUAAAAGGGGACGUUCAAGGGGCAAUAAAGAACCUAAUGCAAAGAAAACAAUAUUCAAAUCCGAAGCGCUCGCAUGGCCUGAAGAAAGCAAAAGUGCCCGUGAAAAAUCCAUUAACUGUGAAGCAAGCGGAGCAUGAAUGCUUACAUGAAGCCAAGAGUGAGAGUGUGGCAGUCAAUCCAGCCCCCGCUGUGAAAAAGCUCUCUCAGAGCGGUGAGUCACAGAAGCACACACAGAGGCACGAGGAAAGCAAAUCGGUGAGAACACAGGUAAUCACCCAAGAGGACCACUCUGUUACUGUAGCCAAAACAGACAAUCCUACAGGGGCCUUUCAACACAAGAGCAUGAAAGAACCGAAACAGAAAGCGCUGCCCCCACAGAAAAUACAAGCUCCGAAGACUGUUAUGAUAAAGAAUAAACAAAUGGCUAAUAAUGAUCAAACAGAGACGAAAGCAGCUGAUGUGAGUGUGAUGAAAGAGGUGCAAAACACAUCACAGACCAACACUUCAAACAGACAAAUAUGUGAGACAAAGACAAUCAAACAGGUGCAGACGACAGUGAUGGAGAAGACCAUCAUAAAUAAGCAGAGUGUAUCCGAGCAAACAGAGAAUAAGCUGAUCACACAGAAGCACAAAAAUAUGAAGGGUGAUUACCGCAACCUUGACAUGAAAGCAAAAGGUGUGGUGAAAAAGGCAAAGCCAGAGAUUCACUUCCCGCCUCCUCCCUCCUCACCGCCUCCACCCUCAGAGUCAGAGCUCUCGCUCCCUCCGCCGCCAUCGCCCAUGCUGGAGAGCCCAGCGUCAACACCUUCCAUCAUGAGGCAGGACAGCGACCUCCCACCUCCACCUCCUCCGCCUCCCAUGGAAUGCAAGUCUGAGCAUGACUUCUUCCCUCCUCCUCCACCUCCUCCGCCUCCACCUGCAGAGGGCGGACAAGAUUUUCUCCCCCCACCUCCCUCACAGCAGGAGCUAAACGCCAUGCCUCAGCCUCUGCCUGCAAAGCUGGGGAAACCCAUCGGGAAGCCUUUAUUCAAAGUGCCCAAGCAGCCAGAAACACCAAAGCCGCACAUACAAGUUAAACCCAAAUGGCAGAAAAAGCAGCCGACUCCUUCACCACCUCCACCUCCACCACCACCUCCUCCUCAGCUCCCUCCUGAUCAAACAGUAUCAACAGAGCGUAAAGAAGGUGCUCAAGUUCAGGAAGUGAAAAAGGAAACAACUCAGCUGAUUGAAACAAGCAAACAGUCUGAAUUAACAGCAACAAAAAUACCAAGCAUCUCAGCUGUGAAGCCGAUGCAAAAAGAGAGCCCGCAGCCGCCGAAGAAAGUGUUUGUCCCUCCGAUUAAACUGCCCCCGCCUCCUGAACCUGCUCCAGUUUCAAAGCCGAGGCCGUACGCACGCAAAUUUAAAACCCCUCUCAUGCUUGCAGAGGAGCGGUACCGCCAACAAAUGGAGAAACAAGAAACGGCGAGGAGUAAUGUCACAACUCCCACUUCUCCUCCAAUUAAUUUAACAUCCUUUCCUGCCAGUCCUGAGCUUUCUGCAACACAGGAAACUGAGACAGAAGUGACCACAGAGGCAACAAAAGAAAAGGCCAUGGAAGUUAAGACCAAAGAAGAAACGUCGCCUGGCAAGAAAACCCAGAUCCCUUUGAGCAAGCCCCAGAUCUCAGUGCUAAAUAAGAAAUCUGCAUCCUUAGAUAAAAAGCAUGUUGCCAGCGAGCACUCCUCAGAAAAAAUACUCGCCUCAACAGAUGUCAAAAAGAGUCAAACUGCACCCAAGAAUCAAGCUGUUUCUGUUUCUCAGUCUCACUGCGAGGCCUCCAAUAUCGAAGUCCAGUCAUGCUCCAAUGUGGUCACUUCGUCAGUCACGGAGCAGCAGCAGUUUAUUAAGAAAUCCAGCAGCAGGUCUAUCGCCGCCACACAAAGCGCUGUCCAGGAAAAUGUAAAUCUUCAAAGCCAGAGUGCGGUCACAUUGAAAGCCGAAGAUGUAAAGAAUAUUAAUGCGCCUCUGACACAGGAGGGGAAAAUGAGUCCCUCGCAGCCCACUAAAAUUCCAAAGGUAACUCCAAGUUUCAAGGUGAAAACCUUUAAGAUGCCGCCGGAGAAGAAAGAGGAGAAAUGUGACAGUGCAAUGAAAAGUGAAAUGCAUUUGCAGAAAGAGAGUGUGUCACAAAAAAGUGAAACAAAAGUGAAUCAAGAGGGCAGCCAGCUGAUGAAAAUAGAGGUGAAAACAGAUGUGAAAGAAAAGGAGAAGAAAAGUCACGUGAUCCCACCGAUAAAAGAAGCUGAAGUGGAGGUGAAAAAGGGGAAGCAGGUGCAGAAGAAUGAGACUGAACUAAAGCUGUCACCAUCCGUUACUGUUUUAAUGCCUAAGGUGGCUAAGAUAACAUCUGCGGCAACUCAUCAAGGACAAGGCCAUGUAUCUGUCUCCCACAGCCAGCAGAGCGUGAUGGCAGAGCACGUUCAAAGACAUGAGGAGGUGGUUGUGACGGAGCGUGUGGUACAGAAAAGCCUUCAGAAGCAAGAGGCCGUUCAGAUGCAAAAGCAAAUAAAGGUACAAGCAGCUGACACAAAUAAAAUGCAGAUAAAAGCAGUGAAGUCAAAAGGUGAGCCUAAGGAUGUCGCCGUGCAAGGGACGGGGAAAAUGGCCCAUAAAGACGAGGCUCAUUCAGAAGAAAUCACAGAUUUGGAGAAAUGUAAUGUAAUGCAGAAGCUGCUCGCUCAAAUAAAAGAGCUGGAGGGCACACCGAGCAAAAUAGACUCCAAUGCUGUCAGGAUGAUUAUAAGCGAAGUCCCUGACUGGGCGAUGGGUUCGGAUGAGAAAAAGAAUUUAAGUGAAAUUGCUAAACAGCAAAGCAAGAAAAAGCUGAGAGAGAUGAUGGCGUACGUGAGGAAUAUUUUUCAAGCAAAGCUCACAUUUUUGGAGGAAACCUUGACAGCUGUGGAAAAGCAGGGGACGGAAAAAGAGGAACCGCCAACGCCGCCGCCAGCACCUCCAAAACCAGACAAGAAAGUUUUCGGCGGAACGAAGAUAUCAAAGAUCAGCAUCGGGUCGUCCAAAAGUGAAAAGAAAGUGACGGAGGAGAAAAAGUCACUUCAGGAGAGAAAGGUACAGCAGGAGCAGACGCAUGAUCAGAGGGUUUCGUCCCCGCUGGCAAGCAUCCGCACUCCGUCACCCACUUUCAUAAGCAUUGAGUCAAGGAAGGUAGACUCGCCGCUCAGGGUGACGCCUUCUCCUCCACCCUACAAGUCAGUUGGGACGCCUCCGCCCCCUCCUCGCAAGUCACACACGCCCACCUUCAGCCGCGCCACGCCGUCUCCUACCCUGAGCCGCUCAGAGAAGCUGAUGAAGCUUCGGGACACCACGUCCAAGCUUUCUCGUGGAAUAACGCCUCCACCGCCCGUGCCGGUGCCAGAGUCCUUGGAAAGAGAGCGAUCAACCUCGUUCAGCGACAGAGGGACUCCGACAGAGAAAGAUGAGCAAGGAUUGGUGGACGCAGCCGAAGUGGGAGACUCCAUGAUGACAGUGAGGGAUAAGAAGUCUUUUUUUGAGGAGGCGCAGAAGGCGGAGGUGAGCAGGAUGUACAUGCGGAAGGAACCCAUCGAUAUUCCAGAACGUCUGGGACCUGAUACGGAGGAAAGUGCCGAGACCGUGGCUAUUGAUCUCCUGAGAGAGGAUCUCCCGCGAGUCGAUCUGUCGAAGCUGGUGAACAGAUUUGAAUCCCCAAAACCAAAAGUCUACACCAGAAAAGAGCCGAUCGUGAUCACAGAGAGACUCGGGAGCGAUACAGAGGAUGUCGAGGCCGAUACACCAAAAAUGGAAGAAAUCCCGUCAUUCAACGUGAAAGCGAUAAAGUACGUGUUUGAGACCGGAGAGCACAGUUCUCAGGCAGCCCGAGAGCUCAGAGAGCAAAUAGAAAGAAGAGAACCUGAAUCGGCUCCUUCUGAGCCGGUGGGUCACUCCGAGACGACAGCAGUCACUGAGCAAUUCUGCACCAUUGACGACUUCGGAAACAUGACAAGCGGGACAAUGAGUGAGAUGCAUUCUGGGAGCUCCCUGACCCGCGGUAACCCUCCAUCCUAUGCCGACGUGGUGAGAGGCGCAGUUCCAACUGUUGCUGUGCCCCCCGAGGCCUCCACCGAGGAGCUGCUGAGAAACUUCCAGCAGUCGUGGGCUGAGAGCCAAGGAGUUUUCAAGAACCUGGGUUUCAGUGUCACCGAGCAGAGGACCUCGCAGAUUGUAACGCACCAGCAGCAGACUGUCAUGACGGAAAAUUCGAGUUCCAGAGUCCGAACUGUGCAGGGCGUGUCGGAAGAGGGUGUACCCGAUGGAAUCGCUGAUCGCAGACAAACAAAACUUCCAUAAAAGCUGCUUUCGCUGUGAACACUGCAGAGGCAAACUAAGCCUUGGUAACUAUGCCUCUCUCCAUGGACGAAUGUACUGCAAGCCACACUACAAGCAACUUUUCAAGUCCAAAGGAAAUUAUGACGAGGGAU